AUACGACUUAGAUUUAGAAAGGUUUACAGAAAGUCAUGUCUGUGGUUGAGCACAAGCGCUCACUGGACGAUAACGAUGGUGAUGGCAUGGCCACACGCAAAAAAUUGAAGAUCUCGGACUUGCCUCUCACGCCCGAGAAGAGGAAUGCCAUUGAUGAGCUCCUGCACAGAUUCAAGAAGAAGGGUGGCUUCGACGACCUACGCAAGACUGUCUACGCACGAUUUACUAAAGAUGAUGCGCGCUCCGCCCUUACCACAUCCCUCCAAGAAAUAGCUGAUCAAGAGCUCGAAGCGAACCCUAAUCUACUCGCCAAGGAACCAAGAAUGACUGCACCUCUGAUUGCUGGAGCUGCUGAGCGUGGAGACACGUAUACAGCUGCCAUGGUCGCCGUAGAUGGUUUUAUCGAUGAUCUACUUGGAUCGAUUGCGAUUCCGAAGUUGCGCGACAUCCGUGCCAACGAAGUAGGCUCAGAUGUCGCGGCUGCCGAAGCAGAGAAGGGAAGCAAAACCGACGAUGAUUACCACCGAGAAGUCGAAGAGCGACGCCGGGAACGUGCUGCGAUUCGCGAAGCCGAGCUUGAGAAAGAGCGCGAGGCUGAGAGGAAACAGAAGCAGGAGGAAGAUAAGCGUAGACGUCGUAGAGAGGAAGAAGAGGAAGAGCGAGAAAGAGAACGUCUCGAGCGCGAAGAGAAAUAUCGACGAGAGCGAGAAAGGGAGCGUGAGAGAGAACGAGAUCGUGAGCGAGAAAGGGAGCGUGAGCGUGAGGACCGUAAGAGAUACUACGAUAGAUCACGGGAGCGAGACUACUCAAGAGAUCGAAGCCGCGACGACCGUGAGCGCCGAGACCGCAGACGACGAGACGACCGCAGCAGGGAUGAGUCUGUGGAAGUCGGUACGCCUGUCAAAGAUAGAAGACGGGCUAGUCUUGCAGCUAGUUUGAACUCUCAUCCACCGGAGGAGUCAAGCAUGGAAGACUUAGCGCUACAAGCAUUGCUGAAGGAAGGCGAAGAGAUCAAAAAGUCAAGACAACGACCAACCUUCGAGAAAGAUGAAGACCUCGAACCGAUCGUGAUCCAGCCACCCACGAGGAAGUCUCUAGUACCCAAAUCCAUCAAGCCUGUAGAUCCAGCUGCCGCUAGACUGGCGAAGUUGGAUGUCAACGUUAAUUCUUCGAUCAGCAAAAGCGUCAAGCCAGGCAUCAAGAUUGAACUUAAGAACACCACCGAAUCGCCCGCUACACCAAAACCUCUGGACCUCAGAGAUGGACUUCCGGGGCCAGAGAUAAUCAAGUCUGAUACAGAAGUGCAAGAGAAAAUAUCGAUUCGUUCUCACAGUCGCGACCCGCGCAAGGACUCCCCUGAAGCGAUCCGCGCCAGUCGGGACGACGAUUGUAACGAGGAAAAAUACCGCGACCGAAGAUCCUCACGAUACCGCGACGACUAUGAUAGAUCCCACAGCAGGUAUGAUAAAGAUCGCGACCGACGCUCUUCCAAAUACGAUCGAGACUCCCGCCGAAGCCGCUCCCCAGACCGACGUCGUAGCUAUCGCGACCGCUCCACAUCCUCGGCACCUCGUCGCCGCCGCUCUCGCUCACGCAGUCCCAAGGACAUUGACCGCUACGUUCCUGGCUCUAUGGGCCGCAAGAAAUCUGAUCGAAGUCGCGACGAGCGAGAUGACGGCGAGAUCAAAGAUCGCGAUUCAGAAAAGCCUAAGGAUAGGGAUCAUGACAGAAGUGAACGCAGAGAUCGCGAGAGGGAUAGAGAUCGCGACCGAGACCGGGACUAUGACCGCGACCGCGACCGUGACCGCGACCGUGACCGUGACCGCGAUCGUGACCGUGACAGAGACAGAGAUCGCGAUAGGGACUAUCGCAGCAGCAGAGACACGCGAGACUACCGCCGUGAUGAUCGACGCGACAAUCGUCGCGAUAGAGACCGCGAUCGAGGUGCAGGAGAAAUUGACCGGUAUAUGCCUAGUACGAGUGCGCGAGUCAAGGAGCUGAAAACUUAUCCCGAACGAGAGCGAGAUAGGGAGCGAGAUAAGACUCGUGGCGAUAGGGAUAAGGAGAGGGAUCGCGACGAUAAGGAUAAGGAGAGAGAUCGCGAUAGGGAUAGGGAUCGGGAUCAGGAUCGAGAUAGCAGACGCAGAGAUAGGUCGCGGUCGCGGUCAAGAAGCAGGGGCUCAAGGAGAUGAUGGUUUAGGCAUCACAUCAUAUGAUUCCUGUAGUAUGAUAUUAGGCAUAGGGAAUCACGGUAGCGAUGGAGGCAGCGAACAGUCUCCGAACAACACUAUGUAUUUUAAGAUUUAUCCGGUUUGGUCGAAAGUAGUGUCUAUGGUUCAAACGAAGGUCCUGCAAAGCAUU